AGAAGUCCAGCAGGCGUGCAGCAAGCGACCAUACAAGCCUUCAUUUUUUGCGCACGCGCAUUUCUCGUCCGGCACUCUCCACUCCCGGGGUUUCACUUGGAGCCCUGGAGAGCGCGGGAUCUGGGAGGGGCGCGGAGUGGGCGGAGCAGUCCGGCAGCUGCCUCCCCUCCCCCACUUGCCAACAUGGCGUCUCGGAGAUCUCGCUCCGCCUCAGAACAUGACAGUGAUGAUGAUUCAUAUGAAGUACUGGAUUUAACAGAAUAUACAAGGCGUCAUCAUUGGUGGAACUGUGUGUUUGGAAGAAAUUCUGGACCCAUCGUAGAAAAGUAUUCUGUAGCAACUCAGAUUGUAAUGGGUGGUGUAACAGGCUGGUGUGCAGGAUUUUUAUUCCAAAAGGUUGGAAAGCUUGCAGCAACAGCAGUGGGUGGUGGCUUUCUUUUGCUACAAAUUGCUAGUCAUAGCGGCUAUGUACAGGUUGACUGGAAAAGAGUUGAGAAAGAUGUAAAUAAAGCAAAAAGACAGCUCAAAAAACGAGCAAACAAGGCAGCUCCUGAAAUCAGCACACUGAUUGAAGAGUCAACAGAAUUUAUUAAACAGAACAUAGUGGUUUCUGGUGGGUUUGUUGGAGGCUUCUUGUUGGGCCUUGCAUCUUAAAGGCAUCCUGUGUUUCUUCAUGCUGGCGCUUAACCAUGGUAAACAAGAAUAGCAGCAAUGCACAGUCUUUAAGCAAAGCAGUCGGAGUUGCGCACUAAUCACUGGAGAGCAAGAUGGAUGGAUUUUCAAGACAAGUUGGAGUAUUUUACAUUUUAGACUUUUGCUAUGUCAAGCUUGCUGAAGCAGGUUUGCUGAAAAUCUCUGUGGUAUGUUCAAGUAGCAUUCCUGGUUUUUAAAAACCCUAGUUUUUUUGUCAUUAUUUUAUUGUACCUCAUAAUUUUGUAUAUUUAAUGUUACUUCUUGAUUCUACACCUUUUUCCACUUUAAGGUAUUUUCUUUAUUUAAGGCUAUCUCAUCCUGUCGCAAAUAGUGCCUAUGGUUAAAUGUGUAGGGUAUUGUGAUUAAUUCACAGAACCAGUCGUUUUCUGUUAGAUACCAGUGCAAUAAAAAAAUAAUUAUACAUCUGUAAUUUUUUUUUGCAAGAAUGAAAUAAAAAGCAAUUGUGAGCCUACUAAACAGUGAAAAAACCAA